AAGUAGAUCAAGAUGGCCACCAACAAGAACAUGAAGGGCAUGGCCCUUCUCCUUACUCUUGCAGCGACGCUGCUGUCCUACUGCGGUGCCUCCUUACCGCACCACGUCUCCUCACUCGUUGCCGUUCCUGCUCCCUAUGCUGAUGGUGCUUCCCACAACACCUCGCUACCGGUUGCCGCACUAGCUCAGAGCACGGUUGCAUAUGCCGAGGCACCAACGACGACGCACAACGCAACUGAGCAUGGGAAGCACCGCCACGAUGAGUUAUCGCCGGCCAAGCCACCGACGUACCACAACGCGUUGGGACAACAGCGCCAUGGUCACCGCGGCCAUCAGCAGCAACAGAAAGCUCUACCAGCUCAUCACCCGCCGCCACCUCACUUAUCGCACCCUGAUAAUCACACGCCACCACCUCAUGCUCACUUGCCAUCCCCUACUCACUACUUACCACCACCCCUAUCUCAGCACACACCACCACCUCCGACACAACAUACACCAUCACCUCACUUACCAUCUCCUGCUCAUCACGCGCCACCACCUUCAUGUCACCCGGCACUACCUCCUUACUUGCCAUCCCCUGCGCACAACUCAGCACCGCCCCCAACUCACUACACACCGCCUCAUCACCUGCCAUCCCCAUCGCCACCUCCGGCUCAACACGCACCACCAUCUCACUUAUCAUCUCCACCGCCACCUUCGGCGCAACACAUACCACCACCUCACUUACAGUCCCCACCGCCACCUCCGGCUCAACACGCACCACCGCCUCACUUACAGUCUCCACCACCGCCUACGGCUCAACACCAACCACCGUCUCACUUACCGUCCCCACCGCCACCUACGGCUCAACACACACCACCGCCUCACUUACCGUCCCCACCGCCACCUACGGCUCAACACACACCACCGCCUCACAUACGGUCUCCACCGCCACCUACAUCUCAACACACACCACCGCCUAACUUACCAUCCCCACCGCCACCUUCGGCUCAACAUACACCACCGCCUAACUUACAGUCUCCACCGCCACCUACGGCUCAACACACACCACCGCCUCACUUACCGUCCCCGCCGCCACCUCCGGCUCAACACGCACCACCGCCUCACUUACCGCCCCCACCGCCACCUCCGGCUCAACACGCACCACCGCAUCACUCAACGUCCCCACCGCCACCUCCGACUCGACGCACACCACCGCAUCAUUCAACGCCCCCACCGCCACCUAUGUCUCAACAACCACCACCGCCUCCAUCUCACUAUGCGCCACACCCUCACUUUCCAUUCCCUCCUCACCACUCACCACCAUCCCCAACUUACUAUGCACCACCGCCUCACUUUUCAUCCACGCCACCACCUCCGGCAAAACACACACCACCACCUCACUUACCGUCCCCUGCUCAUCUCGCACCACCACCAUGUCACCAAGCACUACCUCCUCACUUGCCAUCCCCUACUCACCACUCACCACCACCCCCAACUCACUACACACCAUCACCUCACUUUCCAUCCCCUACUCAUCACAGGCUACCACCUGCUCUAUCUCACUAUGCACCACCGCCACACUUACCGCCCCCAGCCAACCACUUGCCACCAUCUCCUCCAUCCCGUUAUCCGCCGCAUAUUUUGGCACCUCAAGCAUAUAAGUAUCCAUCUCCCCUGACUCGUCAUGUUAACACACCUCCACAGCCAAAGCCCCCUAGAAAAUCCCCGUUGUCGACAUAAUCACGGUAUUCGAUAGUAGCAUCAUCGCCAUCUUACUAUGAAGCGGGCACACCAUGUGAAUAAGCGAGCUCCCAAGCCUUGAUAUCAAGGUGUUCCUCCACGCGCUCCUAAUUAAGCUACAUCCAAACAGGAGAUCUCCACCAUGUAGUGGUGGAGACAAGAUAAACUCUUAAUUUCCUAAUAAGUAAGUUUGAGGUCAUCAACUUUUGUGCAAGUUACCGGAUCGUUUGGAGGGUGCUUGCCUUUUGUAAUACUUCGUUUUCCAGGUUCCAAAGAGAAAGUUAUUGAAUAAAGUGUGUAUUUCCUAUGAA